CAACGCUUCGAUACUGAGCCUUUGGUGGUUGAAGGAACCGAGUGUGUAGGUGUGUACGGAUUCAUGUCUCUGGAACAGAAGCCUAUGGCUCAGCGAGUCAAGCGGCAGUCACAGCCGACGCUUAGAAGGCAACUUCAUGAGAAACAGUGGACUCUGUGGAACUGGUAUCGUCAUAUCCAGUGGUCAGGCACUAUGAUAACGGUGGUGAUUCCCCUGUGUGCCUUGUACUAUGCUAUGGAGCUGCCGUGGAAUGCUAACACGUUGAAGUUCUCCCUGGCGUAUUACUGUUUCACCUGUACUUGUUUUAUAGCAGGCUAUCACAGACUAUGGGCACACAGAUCGUUCCAGGCGAUGCCCUGGGUUAAGACUACUUACGCAGUUUUCGGUUCGAGUUGUGGGCUGGGUUCGAUAAAAUGGUGGACAGCCAUGCAUAGAGCCCAUCACAGAUAUGUCGAUACUGAAAAGGAUCCUCAUUCUAUAAGAAAGGGUAUUCUGUGGAGUCAUAUGGGUUGGCUCCUCUUUAAACCUCAUAUCAAAGUGCAGAACUCCAUUAGGGAAUGCACCGGUGAUGAUUUGGAGAGAGAUCCGCUAGUUAUAUGGCAAGACGCCAAUUAUUGGGGCCUAGUUGUCAUCACCAGCGUUUUGAUUCCAAGUGCCAUCUGUGGUGUUUUCUGGAACGAUUAUCUUGGAGGUCUGGUAUUUUCAGGCUUACUAAGAGGUGCAAUGAUGCAGCACACUCUGUUCUCUGUGAACUCCCUUGGUCACAUACUGGGCACUCGUCCAUUUGAUGAUCGUAAGAGUAUGAGAAACAAUUGGCUUUUCUCCUUCUUGACGUUUGGUGAAGGUAUGAAUAACUUCCACCACGAGUUCUCAGCAGAUUACCGUAAUGGUAUCCACUGGUACGAUUUUGACCCUGUUAAAUGGCACCUGUUUCUAAUGUCCAAGUUCGGGUUCGUUUGGAACUUGUACAGAUCUUCAAAUGCUGCGAUUAAUCAGUGUCUGAUACAACAACAGCAGAAGAUCAUUGAUCGGAAAAGGGCUAAGCUGAACUGGGGAGUGCCUAUUGAAAAAUUGCCCACUGUUUCACCAGAAGAAUUCAGAAGAUGGGCCAAAGAGGAAGCUCCGCAACGUGCUUUGGUUGCCGUUGCAGGAAUUAUCCAUGAUGUUACCCCGUUCAUGAACGACCAUCCAGGUGGAUUGGCUUUGAUUCGCUCCUCCAUAGGUAAAGAUGCUACAUCGGCCUUCAACGGUGCAGUUUACGACCACACAACAGCAGCGCACAACCUCUUGGCCACUAUGAGGGUGGCUGUUCUCAGUGGUGGGACUGAGCAGAUCGUCUGGAGACAACAACAACAGGAGAACAAAGAUGUGCCAUUGAAACAAGACUCUGAAGGCAGGAAAAUCGUUCGCACAGGUGAACAAGCUACGAUAAUGAAAAAGCCUGUCCGCACUGCAGACGCUGCCUAAACACACACACACACACACACACACAACAUUGGCUACGC